UAUAAAGUUGUUCUAAACAAGCAUCGUUCAGAACUUCUCGUACAGGGCUAUUGCAAGGGAAAGCUCGCAUUCAUACACGGCAACCGGGUUGCAAGACUAAUACUCUCUGCAACGGCACACUAGAAACAACGGACCGACCAGAAAAUUAAUUAGCAAACAUGGGGCCGGCGAAACUCCUUGUGCUAUUCGCUUUCUUCUCUUCAUCGUGUGCUGCGAUAUUCUACAGGACUGAUGAUUCAUGUGACUUCACGGACAUCCACCUAGACGACGAAAUGUUUUCCACGCUGCUGACCAAGCUCCCAGAAGGUAUCGAGUACGGUCCGCAGAGGUUCCACGCUCUCCUCCCAGGAAUCAAUGUCGGUGGAUUGACUGUGCAUGGCCUGAGCAAGCUCCGCCAGUUCGGGCCCCCAAUUCCUUACUGCACCAAAGGAAAGCGCAUGGUGCAAGUGGACUUCUACAAUGCUGAACCUAUAGAUUUCGCCGCGCCAUGGAUGGCUUGCUCAGACGAUAAAGGAAAGCUUAUCCUUCGCGCCCAGCACACGCGGUUCACAGCCCUAUUUACCAUUGCCGACUCCUCUCGCGAAGGCGUGAAGCUGGAAUUCGAGCGUGCACUUCCUGUUUCAACGCAGACCGUCCGCAUUGUUGUCGAAGGCAUUGGGCAUGGCGCGAGCGCCUUUCUUGAGGCUCUGAGCGCGCUUAUACCAAGUCUCCUUGAAGGAGCUUGGAACGCCCAAUUUUUGGAUAAUCUUCACAGGGCCUUCCGUAUGGCCCUUGAGUGACAUAAGCUGAAGGAAAAAAAUUGGUGUCAUCUCACUGAAACUAAACGCGAAAACACAACGAACAUGAUGUUCUACUAAUAUCGCUUUUGUUCAUUCCAAGAAAAAUAAUAAAAUGACUUACGUUUACGAA